AUGUCAAACGAAGAUCCGGACUACGAGAUGGAGUAUGAGACUCUCCAGGCGCAACUUCUUCCCUUUGCCGACCACAUACUCGCGCAGUUGGACGAUGCGCGCAGACUUGCAGACCGCCAGCGGGCAGAUCGGAGCGUCAUUGAGUGGCUGAAUAAAUCCGCCCAGCACUCGGAUACUAGGCCUCCGUCACCACUGGAUGAUGGCCAACUGAUCGAGCCCAUCGAGCAGCGUCUUCUCCGCCCCUGGUUUGCCCUUGCGAUCUUUGGCGCCAUCAUGUUCGCACUGGGCUUCGCUGUCGGCUGUUUUCUCUAG